CGCCGCCUCCUGCUCCUCCCGCUCCUCCCGCUCCUCCCGCCGCCGCCGCUGCCGCCGCCGCCGCCGCCGCCGCCCUGAGUCACUGCCUGCGCAGCUCCGGCCGCCCGGCUCCGCGUUCGAGCCUCCUGGAACGAUAUUUGGAGUUCUUCUUACAAGAUGGCAGACAUGGACAACAAAGAACAGUCUGAACUUGAUCAAGAUUUGGAUGACGUUGAAGAAGUAGAAGAAGAAGAAACGGGUGAAGAAACAAAAAUCAAAGCGCGUCAGCUGACUGUUCAGAUGAUGCAAAAUCCUCAGAUUCUUGCAGCCCUUCAGGAAAGACUGGAUGGUCUGGUAGACACACCAACAGGAUACAUUGAAAGCUUGCCUAAAGUAGUCAAAAGACGAGUGAAUGCUCUCAAAAACCUUCAAGUGAAAUGUGCACAGAUAGAAGCCAAAUUCUAUGAGGAAGUUCAUGAUCUCGAGAGGAAGUAUGCUGUGCUCUAUCAGCCUUUAUUUGAUAAGCGAUUUGAGAUCAUUAAUGCAAUUUAUGAACCUACAGAAGAAGAGUGUGAAUGGAAACCAGAUGAGGAAGAAGAAGUUGCAGAGGAAAUGAAAGAAAAGGCCAAGAUUGAAGAUGAGAAAAAGGAUGAAGAGAAAGAAGACCCUAAAGGGAUUCCUGAAUUUUGGUUGACAGUUUUUAAGAAUGUGGAUUUGCUCAGUGAUAUGGUUCAGGAACAUGAUGAACCUAUCCUGAAGCACUUGAAAGAUAUUAAAGUGAAGUUCUCAGAUGCUGGCCAGCCUAUGAGUUUUAUCUUAGAAUUUCACUUUGAACCCAAUGAAUAUUUCACAAAUGAAGUGUUAACAAAGACUUACAGGAUGAGGUCAGAACCAGAUGAUUCUGAUCCCUUUUCUUUUGAUGGACCAGAAAUUAUGGGUUGUACAGGGUGCCAGAUAGAUUGGAAAAAAGGAAAGAAUGUUACUUUGAAAACCAUUAAAAAGAAGCAGAAACACAAGGGACGUGGGACAGUUCGAACUGUGACUAAAACAGUUUCCAAUGAUUCUUUCUUUAAUUUUUUUACCCCUCCUGAAGUCCCUGAGAAUGGAGAUCUGGAUGACGAUGCUGAAGUUAUCCUGGCUGCAGACUUUGAAAUUGGUCACUUUUUACGGGAGCGGAUAAUCCCAAGAUCAGUGUUAUACUUUACUGGCGAGGCUAUUGAGGAUGAUGACGAUGAUUAUGAUGAAGAAGGUGAAGAAGCUGAUGAGGAAGGGGAAGAAGAAGGAGAUGAGGAAAACGAUCCUGACUAUGACCCAAAGAAGGAUCAGAACCCAGCAGAGUGCAAGCAGCAGUGAAGCAGGAAGUCUGGCCCCGAGGACGGCCUACCCUGUAAUAGCCUAAACCCGACUGUCUCUUACUUACAGCCUUAUGUUUUGUACUUUCUUGGUAGACUCAGUAAGUUUUUAAAGGAAAGGAAAUGGAUAUUUUAAAGACCAAUUUGUUCUACCUAGCAUCCCAACUAGAGUUCUGUCAGAUAUGUUGAAUGCAUAAAUCCUUGCUAAUGCAUGUCCGUUUAUUGCUGCAGCUUGGUUCUUCUGGAAUAUUUUCACCAUAUUGGAAUACAGUUAUGAAAGUCAGCUGUUGAGCAUAUUGUUUGGUGUAGCUGUUUGUUUCCUAAAGAACCAAAGUUGUUUGCAGCUGAUAGAACAGGUUGGAGUCUGCCUGCAUUAGCUCCUGCUUCUGUUACGUCGUUAGGGGAUGAUGCGGUGACUGACAGAUUGGAGGAAAGGAAAUGGUGGUGACGAAUUUCCAGUUAAGAUCAAACCUUCUAACAGAUUAUUAAGGGAGUUUUAUAUUUUAUCAUAGCAAGGUGAACAAACCCUAGGUUUUUUUGUUGUGUUUUCAGAAGUUAAUCUGAUAGUAUUUAAAUGUACUUUGAAAAUUAACCUCCAUUAAUUAUCUUUUCUUUGUGGUAGGGCCUACCCUUCUGCUUUCCUGGAAAGGAUGGAUUUACAUCAUUUGAACCUAUUUUGAAUUUUCUCGUUUGUUUGCCUAAUUUUGUUUUUAUAGCCUAAAAUAAAAAUGUUCUACAGUCUUA